ACGUGGAUAAGGUUUUGGUCAGUCGGUAGAGCCGUUUAGUUCAACUUCAUUAGCUGCCCGAGCCGUGUGUGCGCAUCGAAUGGCAUCGUGUGGGGAGCUGGUGGCGAUUCUGUCGGUCCUGGUGGUUGGCAUCCACUGGUUGGCGAUACUUCCGGUGACUUCCGGGGGGCAGUUUCAAGCGGUUGGGGCGAAGUGGUCCAGUCGUUUCGGAUUGGGAGCUCGAGAAAAUGAGGUAGCUGUGAGCGAAGGCAAUCAUUCGGAUACAGGAGAACAGGAAAACGAAGACUUGAAGGCACCUACAUCGAAUUUAGGCUGGUUGACGUGGUUGACGAAUGUAUUUCGAUUGCCAAUUGUUAGUGUCUUUGCAUAUCGUGCAGAACCGACUAGCUGUCCGUUAUGUGCUUGCGGUGCCAACAGCAACGUCUCUCGCAUUGUCGGUGGCUCCGAUGCCCAGGAAGGCAAAUACCCCUGGAUGGUCGCCCUCUACUACAACAACCGGUUUAUCUGUGGAGGAUCUCUCAUAAACGAUCGGUACGUCCUGACGGCGGCCCAUUGCGUCCACAAUACCGAUCGAAGCUUGUUUUCGGUAAAGUUCCUUCUGUACGACCGCGGUAGUCCUGCACCGGAAUCCUUUGAGCGAAGAGUUUCCUACAUCAUGACCAAUUGGUUCGUGAAUGCCGUCGUGUUCAUUAUGAAUGAUUUGGCUCUUCUUAAGCUCAAUGAAACGGUGCCGAUCAACGAUAGAUUGUACCCAGUUUGUUUGCCAAAGGAAGGAGAAACCUACGCAGGGUAUGACGGCAUCAUUACCGGUUGGGGUAAACUGGGCAACUUCAGUUUUCCUAAAAAACUUCAAGAAGUCACCGUACCGAUCCUGUCGAGCGAAGAGUGUCGCAACCAAAGUGACUACUUCAAGUUCCAAAUCAACGAUGGCGUCCUCUGUGCGGGAGUUCCCGAAGGUGGUAAAGACUCCUGCCAAGGUGAUAGUGGUGGCCCCAUGCAUAUCGUAGAUCCGGACACUGAUAAAUACGUUCUGGCAGGUGUCGUAUCGUACGGCUUUGGAUGUGCUCGGCCCAAGUACCCCGGAAUUUACGCAAGGGUAAGCAGAUUUCUCUCGUGGAUCAACUUCAACGCCCGAGAUGCAUGCUGGUGUACUAGCUAUGGGUUCACACCACCCACCAACCCCCGGGUUAUCAACCGACUAUGCAUGGUUGAAGGGUGCGAUCUGCUACACUGCUACUGCUACGGCGAAACGUCCUCGAAGACGGCACAGAAAAUGAAGUUCAAUUACACGGCUGUGAUAGUGACCGUUGGCGUUCUGCUGGCGGUGGCGGCACGAAGAUGUCGAGCAGCGGCCUGGUACAGCAAUCAGACUGAUCUGGAUCACCGAGGCGGGCGCUUUUUGUUCGAUGCACUCUUCGGCAUUGAUACUGCCGGCUUUUCGCUCGAUGACGACGGGCCGGAUUUGCCCAACGAGGUCAAGAGCUGUGAUUGUGAGUGCGGAACAGCAAAUCAAGAGACUCGUAUCGUCGGAGGACGACCAACCGGCGUCAAUCAAUAUCCAUGGCUAGCGCGGCUGGUUUACGAUGGCCAAUUCCACUGCGGGGCAACGCUUCUUACACGGGACUACGUACUCACGGCGGCACAUUGCGUUCGGAGAUUGAAACGCAACAAAAUCCGAGUCAUUCUGGGCGAUCACGAUCAGUUUCUCACGACCGAGACGCAAGCGAUCCAACGAGCAGUGACGGCCAUCAUCCGCCAUCGGAGCUUCGAUCAGAAUUCUUACAAUCACGACAUCGCUCUACUAAAGCUGCGAAAGCCGGUGGAUUUUACGAAAACCAUUAAACCGGUAUGCUUGCCGAAGGACCGAAGCGAACCCGCAGGACUGACUGGUACCGUCGUUGGGUGGGGUCGCACGGCGGAGGGAGGUUCGCUUCCGGGGAUCGUUCAGCACGUGGACGUUCCAAUCCUAACGCUGGACCAGUGCCGGAGUAUGAAGUAUCGGGCUUCGAGGAUAACUUCCAAUAUGUUGUGCGCGGGUAAAGGGAAGCAGGACUCCUGUCAGGGCGAUUCCGGAGGCCCAUUGUUGGUGCGGCAUGGUGACAAACACGAAAUUGUCGGUAUCGUUUCCUGGGGCGUUGGGUGCGGACGAGCAGGCUAUCCGGGGGUGUACACAAGGGUCGUUCGAUAUUUGCCCUGGAUAAGAGCCAACAUGGAUGACACUUGCUUGUGCAGCAAGUAGAGAAAUCACACGAAUUCGAAGGCAACC